AGCUGAGCGGGAGUGUAUAUAAAGUGCUGAGCUGAGGCUUUCCGCUCAGCUGUUGUGUGAGCAUCAUUGCUGACCUGAGCACGACUGCAGACUUCAAGUUUCCGGAGAAGUUUGUUUUGCCUCGAUAAGCCAUCGCAAGACUACCGCCAACAUGGAUAUAACUAUCACUAUGGUGGGUGGGUCCCACACCGUGAGGGUGAACCCACAGGACACAGUUGGCUCUCUGAAAAUAAAAAUCCAGAGCAUGCUGGGAGUCGACCCCCAGAGGCAGAAGCUGGUUUUCAUAAACGGCCAGAAGACCCCUUUCAACGACGACUCCAAACCCAUCAGCUACUACGGCUUACAGCACGGCUCCCAGGUGUCCCUGCUGGUCACCGAGCCUCCUCCCACCCAGGUGUCCCUCAAAAAUGAAAAUGGACAGCUGAGCACCUACGACAUCAGGCUCGACGAGACUGUGAGCAACUUCAAGAACAGAGUCGAGAAAAGAGAGGGGGUGACAGCGAGCCAGCAGAGGCUCAUUCACCAAGGCCGGGAGAUGCAGGGUGGCAAACUGGAGGACUACAACGUCAGAAACCACAGCACCAUCGACCUGGCUUUACGUCUGAGAGGAGGCUGAGGACACUUGAACAUGAUUCAGUCUGUGUUAAAGAUUGUGUUUAAUUAAUACAAACCACUGUGUUAUGGAUUCUGUCAUGGCAAAUACAUGUUAACUGCACUCAAUACAAAAAAAUAAAGUUUCUAACAGUA